AUGAGUUCUUACCAACUUGAGGAUAAUUCUCAGCAAGAUAACAAGGUUAGUAAACUGAAAUCUGCAUUAGGACCACUCUCAGGACAUAGUUUAGUUUUCUGCUCUGAUGCUUCCUUGAGGAGAUAUUUGGAUGCUCGUAGCUGGAAUGUUGAAGAUGCCAAGCAAAUGAUUGAGGAGACUCUUAAAUGGAGAUCAACAUACAAGCCUCAUGAGAUCCCUUGGGUAACUUCAACAUCUAAUGACCAAUUAAUAUAUGUUCAUUUUUUAUUUAUUUUAUUCUCUGAUUAUCUCCAGCAUGAAGUAGCACAUGAAGGUGAGACUGGAAAAGUUUCAAGAGCUAGUUUUCAUGAUCGUCAAGGAAGGACUGUGCUUAUAAUGAGACCAGGUUUACAGAACACAACAUCAGCAGAAGGUAAUAUCAGACACUUGGUGUAUCUUCUUGAAAAUGCAAUCAUUAAUCUUCCCAAAGGACAAGAACAAAUGUCUUGGCUCAUAGAUUUUACUGGUUGGUCCAUGGCUAAUAAUGCCCCCAUGAAAACAACAAGAGACAUUAUCUACAUUCUACAGAAUCAUUACCCUGAGAGACUCGGUAUGUCCUUUCUCUACAAUCCUCCAAGGCUCUUCCAAGCAGGCUACAAGGCCGUUAAGUACUUCUUGGACCCAAGAACAGCUCAAAAGGUGAACUUCGUGUAUCCAAAAGACAAAGCAAGUGAUGAGCUGAUGAGAUCACACUUUGAUAUGGAGAAUCUGCCCAAGGAGUUUGGAGGAGAAGCAACACUAGAGUAUGACCAUGAGGAAUUCUCAAGACAAAUGUUUGAAGACGAUCUUAAAACCGCUAAGUUCUGGGGGUUAGAAGAGACACAGUAUCUGAAACCAAACGGUUUCUCUCCAGCUGAUGUUGUUCCUGAGCCGGCCACAUCACUUGCAUCAGUAGCUAGCUGA